AUGGAGCCUAUCCUAUCUGCAAAUGAAAUCGGCGAAGGACUGCCCAUAUUAAUCAUCCACGGAUGGGAGCUACAAGGAAAAGCCGAAGAGUCGGACUUCGAGCCGAUUUUCAACACAAUACCAGGCCUUCGUCGAAUUUACGUCGACCUUCCGGGCAUGGGAACCACGCCUGCAAAUAACGUCAAAGACUUGGAUGAUAUAUACGCCCGCCUAUCACAAUUCAUCGAUUCGCGACUUGGAAGGUCGAAUUUUCUACUCGUCGGCUCAUCGUGCGGUGCUUAUAUCGCACGCGCGAUAGCCCAAAAAUACAUCAACCAAGUCGAUGGACUGCUAUUGCGCGUACCACUCAUCGAGCCAAAGAACAGUAUGCGCGACCUCGAUGCUUUCAAGACAUUGGUUGAAAAUAAGGAACUCAUGUCGACGAUCUCCACUGAAGACAAAGCCCUUCUUGGAGACGUUCUCGUCCAAACGCCCACCUACAUCCAAGCUUUAAAGGCGAAACAAGAGAAUGUUUACAUUCCAGCGGGAAAUGCAGCGGAUAGCGAGGCGUUGGGUCCGAUCCGAGACGAUCCAUGUCGAUACCAAUUAUCUUCUGCGGUGCUCGAUGAAAAUGCUAAGUUCUUUGCACCUACCCUCAUUGUGUGUGGUCGGCAAGACCAGAGUGUGGGCUACCGGGAUAGCCUUCGGCUGCUGGAGCUUUAUCCAAGAUCAACUUAUAUUGUUCUUGAUCGUGGUACGCAUGGCCUUCCCAUCGAUGACUCGGAGAGGGGUGUUUUCGGGGCCCUUGUUCGUGACUGGGUAAAUCGGGUUGGUGAAUGGCGGGAUCGUCUUGAUGUGUAA